UCCAAUGAUGCAAUCACCUUUCCGAAUCCCGGCUGGAGUGGAAUUCGCACAAGUUUCGGUGUGCUUCUGCUUCGUGAGCUUCUUUAAAUUAAUUCUGCGUUGCGUGGUACAGUCCAGCGCGAAACGCAAGUCCAAAACACAGCGAUACCAGACGAGCAGGGGGGAAAAAGCACGCACUUUUGCUAUUCCCCUUUGGUUCAGCGGCCAGCGCCAUGGCCGCCGCCACUGAGUACCCAGAUUGGUCCAGCCUCCCCGAAGACCUGCUGGUCCUCGUGAUGCAGCCGCUGGAGAUCCCGGAUCUCUUCAGCGCCGGGUCCGUCUGCUCCUCGUGGCGCUCCGCCUGCUCCGCCGUCCGCCGCGUCCGGAUCCCGAUCACCGACGCGUCCCCUUGCCUUCUCUACUCCUGCGCCGCCGACGACCCCGCCACCGCCACGGUCUACAGCCCCUCGAGCGGCGUGGUGUUCAAGGUCCGCCUGCCCGACCCCCCAUUCCGCAGCCGCCACGUGGUUGGCUCGGCCCACGGCUGGGUCGUCGCCGCCGACGAGAUGUCCAACCUCCAGGCGCUCAACCCGCUCACGGGCGCCCAGGUCGAUCUCCCGCCGGUCACGGGGCUCUACCACAUCGAGAGCUUCUCCGACGAGCAAGGGGCCCCCAUGUACAACCACUACUACGAGCAAUUGAACCAACGCCGCCCCUUUGCAUAUCGUCCGCAGAAACUACGCCUCUUUCUGUACCACCGGGUGUUCCUGUCGUGCAGCCCUUCCGCCGGCAGCCGGUGCAUCGUCUUGCUCUUGCACAGGCCAGUCGGGCAGCUAUCCUUCGCCCGCAUCGGUGACGACCGGUGGAUGCGGAUCCAAGAUGUCAAAUUCCCAGAGUUGAACUACGCCAUCCGCAAUGCCACCUAUAACAAGAAUGAUGGCCUGUUCUACGUCGUACAUUUUGAUGGCAGCAUCUUCACAUUGGAUCUGAAUGGGUCUUCGGUGGUGACAAGAAAGGUGUCUCCAAAGGCCACACCAUGGGACGAUCCUACCAAGUAUGUGAUUCUGACUCCGCAAGGUGAUAUCUUGCAGCUGUGGAGAUAUACUUACGAUCGGAGCGUAGCCGUAUCUGUUGUUCCUCCGGAGCUUGCUCAUGAGGUCGUCGACCCAUACGGUGAAAUAUAUACCAAUGAAAUAGAACUCUACAAGGUUGAUAUUGAUGAACAAAAACUCACGAUGAUGAAGAAGAACCACUUCGAUAACUAUGCUUUCUUUAUUGGUUUCAACUCCAGUUUACUCGUCUCAACCAAGGAUUAUCCUAUGUUAAAGCCAAAUUGUGCUUAUUUCGCGGAUGAUUCUUAUGAAGAUAUAUGUGUCAACAAAUAUAACAAGCGAGACAUAGGCAUCUGGAAUUUUGAAACUAAGAACUUUGACAGCAUAGGUGAUCUGCAAUCUGGCCAUCCAUGGCUCAAUUUUCCAUCUCCAAUUUGGAUAACACCAUCCCUUUGUUAGUUAUGCAGAGAGAUGAGCUAUUGGAGUAGUUUAUAGCUCCCAUUUGAAUAAUGUUCUCUCUUUGUAGUAAUUGAAGCUCUCGUUCGGAUACUAACACCAUUGUUGGUGGGAUCUCCGUUGUGUAACACCUUCCUUGGUUCGGAUGUAAUGUUUAUGAUGAUAAAUUCUUGAUAUUUUGUGAUUUCUGAACUGAUUAGAUUACCUUUUCUUGAA